UUGUUUAGAUUGAAGGGAUGAAUGUGUAAGGAAAGGAAUUUUUUUCCUUUAUUUUUUUGGCCAGCUGCCCACAAUUGCCCCAGGGUAAGUUGAGGAACUUAGGACCAGCGGAGAGAUGAAACCAGGAGGAGAAAGGCAGAAAAAAGAAGAACCGGAAGUGAUUUGGGAUUUAAUCGAUAGAUGCCUUCUACCCCUGGUGUUCUCACAUGCUGCAGCUGUGAUAUCAGCGACAGUCCUGAAUACGCUCUACAUAUCGCAGAUAUCAGUGUUUUCAUUGUUUUUAAUAUACAUCCUGCUCACUUUAGCAGUGACUCUUUUUUACCACAACCUUAAGGUGACCUGUGCUGGGAAAUGCGUCGUUCUGUCAGGAUGCGAAAACAACGUAGGCUAUGCGAUAGCAAAAUACCUGGAUGAAUUGGGUAUGACAGUAUUUGCUGGGUUCGCCAAGGAGACAGAAAACAGGUUCAAGUUAAAAAAUGAAUGCUCAGGCAGGCUACAGAUUAUCGAUUUGGACGUGACAUCAGAAAAGAGCGUACAAAAUGCCCUGAAAACUGUCAAUGAACAAACAAAUAACUUAUGGGGUGUUGUAAAUGCUGCGUUUUGGUCUGCUUUUGGAGAGACAGAAUGGGUGCCUUUAAGCGUAUUCAGAAAAACCCUUGAAGUGAAUUUACUCGGAAGUGUCGCCCUCACUAAUGCUUUCCUUCCACUCAUCAGAAAAUCUAAAGGAAGGGUGGUGAAUAUUAUUAGUGUUUCAGGGCGAAUACCGUCUGGUAUUCGAGCUCCGAUAUGCAUUGUGACUUCUGCCUUAGAAGCAUACACAACAUGCCUCCGUCAAAAUAUGAGAAGAUGGGGUGUCGAUACGAUAUUAGUUGAAACUGGAAUUACGACAACAAGUGCUUGGUACGAUAACAAAGAAAUGUUGGACGAAGCAAGAUCUCUAUGGCAAUCUCUGAGUGCUGAACAGAAACAAGAUUACGGCAAGGAAUAUUUUGAAUCUAGAAUUACCACAAUGAAGGAAUACCAACACUCCCAAGAGGAUUUAACAGCUCUUUUAAGGUCUGUAGGAGAUGCUGUAUGCCGUACAUUUCCUCUUAGUAGGUACACACCUGUCACAAGAACCGAAAAACUACAGUCCCUCGUUGCAUCACACCUUCCACAUUCUGUUUAUUCAAUUUUGUACGAAUAAUACUGCAACAAUUGAAGAAAGGCUGUUCGAAAGACUCGACACGAGAAAGAAAAGAUCAGUUUUAAAUAUACAUGUUUUUAUUUCAUAAAGAAAACAAUUAAAAAUUGAAGAUAUGCUUACAUCGUAACUUCAGUGAAAAUAAUUUAUAUUCAAAUACCUAUGCUGUACAUUGUUCUGGUAACAAAUUCGAUUAUUUGACUAGUUAACUAUUUGUUCUGUUAACCAUAUUCCUAAUACGACAAUGACAUCAAAAAGGGUCAUUUGUUUGUACAAAAUAAUUUAAUAAAUAAAAAGUAUGAAACUAA